CAUAGUAUGAUGGACACUCACUCCUGGUUCCUUCUUCCAGUCAAUAAAAGCCGAUAUCUCGCCUUACGUCUCAGUGUGAGUUAUUGAUGGUGCAUCAAUUUUAUUGACUGGAAGUUUUAAAACAUGGAAACCGUUUUGCGUCCGGACCGGUUGGAUUUGGACCCUCAAGACCCUGACGCAGCUCUUGCUUUUGAACACUGGCUUGCAUGCUUCCAAUCAUACUUGGAGGAGGUUCGUGCAACUGAACCCGCCGUUAUGCACAGAAUCCUACUCUCGAGGGUCACCCCCAAAGUUUACUCCAUUAUCCGGGACCUGCCGACCUACGAUGGGGCACUGGAACGCCCCCAAAAGACAGUACCUGCGGCCGGUGAACACCGUCUACGCAAGACAUCGUUUAGCUACCCGGCGACAGCGGCCUGGCGAAUCGUGCGCUGAGUUUCUCCGAGCACUACAGACACUCGUCCGAGCUUGCGACUGCAAGACGCUCACGGCAGAACAGCAUGCGGAGCUGCUGGUGCGAGACGCCUUUGUGACGGGACUGAGGUCAGUGUACAUGCGCCAGCGACUGCUGGAAAAUGCCGACCUUACCUUACGCUCGGUGAUCGAGAAGGCCAACGCUCUGGAAGCUGCUUUGCAUAAUGCUGACGCUGUCCAGUCGCACGAUUCCCUGCCGGUUCCGUGGACUCCUCAGACCCCGCCACCGCCGGCUCCCGGGAGCGAAUUCGCCGCUGCCAGUCGCGAUUCCACGAGCUCCCCGACCCUGACCACAGCUGUGGCCCGUCAGAAGCCCGUGCUUUGUUAUUUCUGCGGCCAUAAAAAACACCCUCAACAACGCUGUCCAGCGCGAGAAGCAACCUGCUCCAGCUGCAGAAAGCGGGGCCAUUUCGCCAAGGUCUGUAAGUCUAAACUGCGAGCGGAGUGCAGCGCUGCGGGUGAAACUUGGGGGCCGCCAUUUUGCAUGCCCAGAUGUGGGCGGCCAUCUUUGUCGGCGUCAGCACGCCCCGCCCCCGACCCUCCGAUGCUUACCGGGUACCCCGGAUGUGAGCGGCCAUCUUUGUUGACGUCAACAUGCCCCGCCCCCGGCCCUCCGAUGCUGACCGGGUACCCCGACGGCGAUUCAACUCUGGCCACCAUAACCCUCGAUCAAAGCGCCCCACACCAGCUUGCAAGGUCCAUGAUGGACAUCCGGGUGGAGGGGCACAGGACUAGAUGCCUGUUUGACACGGGCAGCACUGGGAGUUUUAUUCACCCGGACACAGUGCAACGCUGCGGACUCGCAACGCGGCCGAGGGAAAUGGACCGGAUGGUGGACCAGUACCAACUGCAGGCCACAUUUCCCUAUCUGGAUAACAUCACCAUCUGUGGUCACGACAGGCCAGAUCACGACGCCAACCUCCAACGAUCUCUCCAAGUGGCCGCAGCUCUGAACCUUACUUAUAACAGGGACAAGUGUGUGUUUGGAACCACCCGCCUUGCUAUACUUGGGUAUGUCAUGGAAAACGGGGUUAUUGGCCCUGAUCCCGAACGUAUGCGCCCCCUGUUAGAACUCCCUCUUUCCACCACUCUCAAGGCCCUCAGACGGUGCCUGGGUUUUUUUUCCUAUUACGCCCAAUGGGCCCCCCAUUAAGCAGACAAG